GGGUGGAGAGUUUCCAUAAGGCACCAGAGAGCAGCAGCUAUACAACAUCUUGUCCUCACGUGUUUGUAGCGGUUCCUGUGUGUUUUGAGGAGUACACAGAUAUGGUGGUGCUGAGGUUGGUCGUGCUACUCCAGGGGCUGCUUCUCGCAGCACGAUGUGAGGUCAGAGCCAGAGACCCGGAGCUAGAAGAGGAGGAUGAGCUGAAGGACAUGUCAGACGGUGGUGGAUGGGACCACAGAGUACCACUGGUUGGGUUUGGAGCACCUCAUCAUGGUCAAGGACUAAACAGGCAGACUCCUGAUGUGUAUGGGUCUGUACACCAUCCACUUGGUCAUGGACACCAUGAUCCCAGUCCUGGACAUCUUUCUCCAGACCCAUCAGAUCCAUCAGAUCCAUCAGCCGGGGGCUCUUUACCCCGCACUGGGAAUUGGUGUGCGUUUGUUCACAAGCAGGCUGUUACUGUGGCAGUAUAUUGUGGAACUGAGAAGUACACCAUAAGGUCACAGAGUCCUUGUCCUAACCGCACCCCAGACUGCCAGCUAGUGAUGUACAAGCUGUCCACUCGGCCAGUGUACAGACAGAAGGAGAAAAUCCAAACUGCACUGUUGUGGCGAUGCUGCCCUGGGCAUGCUGGGAAAAACUGUGAGGAAACAGGACAUCUCAAACCAGCUCAGGAGAACGGAGAGCAGAAUGAUUAUCAAAUGUUUGGCGGUCCACCAUAUGAAGCUCAACAACCUGAUGUAGAGAAUCAAACUGCAGCAGAGCCCACUGAUGACUAUGAGCAUAGCCGUCAUGCUAGCCAUGACCACUUUGAGAGGAGAGAUCCUUAUGCUCUAAAUGAAGGUGUUCCUCAACCUGAAACUCCUUACCUUCACCAUGGGCUCCUACCAAUCUUGAAAGAGGCUGUGUUGUCUCAGCUGCAACCUGUGUUGGAUGGUUUCAAUCUAACCCUGGAACGGCUUUCUCAGGAGGUGCAGGGUUUGCAGCAGGACAUGGCCCAACUCCGACAUGAACAGGGGCAGGGGAGGGUCACUAAGCCUCUGGAGGUUGGUGGUGAGGAGCACAGUCCACAGGAGGCUGAGUUGAGGGAGAGUUUACAGAAACUGGAGGAAGUGAAAGCUCAGUUUCGCAUCCACCGCGAUGAGGUAGAAACGAGACUCCACUUGCAGCAAACCAUGCUGCACUACAACCUGACGAAUUUCAAGACCGACAUAGAUGUCAAAAUCAAACGUAACCAAAAGAUGUUACAGGUGAAUCUCCACUCCCUGAACACGUCAAUGUCUGAGGUGCGGCAGGAGCAAGAGAGGCUGGAUGAGGAGCUUCAGAGGAUUGGGCCUGAAAAGAAGACCAAUCCUUCACAGAGUCAGUAUUAUGAGAGCACAGCUGUUUGGGAGGCCAUCACAUGUCUGGACAACAAAGUUAUCAACAACACAGUGAGACUUAGUGGCUUGAUUGAAGGCCAUGAACAAGUGACUGCAAACAUUAAGGACCUCCAAAAUGGUUGGAGAGAUCUGGACGAGAAAAUAGUCCAGACUGGCCGCAACAGCCAGGUUCAGUUUAUGGAGACAGUUUUAGAGGUGGAGGCAGCCAAGGUAGCAGUUCUUGACAGCAUUAAUGAGCUGAACAGCAACAUCAGUGUUCUCCAAAGCACUCUGCAGCAGAUGGAGACUGAAGUCGACAAUCUCUUUACGGAUUAUUACAAGCAUAUAAGUUCGGCAAGAGAGGAUUGUGACUGUAUCGCGCUUGGAGCAUCAGUGACCCAGUUGGAAGAAACUGUAGCUAAUGUGAAAGAGAUAGCGAAUGAAAAUAAGCUGGCCCGUGAGCGUAAGGCUCGGGAGAUGUCAGACAGUCUGUCUUUGAUUCCAACUGUGGAAGAUCUGAAACUAGGGCUACUAAAUGUGCAAAAGUCUCUUGCUUUUGAACAGGAAAAGAGCAGAAUGUUACAGCAGACUGUGAUGCAACUCCAGGCCUCUCUUCUGGGCAACCAGCAGGACAUUAAAAUACUCCAAGAGCAUGAUAGGGCCAAGGUCGAGGAGAUCCAGCAACUACAUAGCAUUUUCAGCACCUUGCUCCAGGAUGCCAUUCGUCAUUCGAAUGUACUUGAGAUUUUGCUUGGGGAAGAGGUGUUGGAGUUCAUGGCAUGGUCUCCUGAGGAAAAAAUACGUUUCUCUAUACCAGAAUUGAAGGAAAGCAUCAGAGAUAUGCAAAAACAGAUCAAUGGACACAGUCGCAGUUUGGUCUUAAUGUUGAACUCUGCUUCGCCUCAGGUGACGGCAGCGGAUGAGCCCUCAAUGCUUUCAGACUGGCCCUCGGUGGGCAUCAAAAGAAGACGUGAGGAUGAACGAUUUGACCUGUCCGAGGAGUACUCUGAUAAUGACUUCUGGACUUUAGAGAAAAUGGUGAAAGAACUUGGAGCUGACAUUAAACAGCUUGAGGAACAUCGUUGUUCUACUUGCUGCAACUGCACUAGAACUCCCCCUGGUGGCAUGGAGGUGAAACUGCAGUCUGAGGUGGAUACUUUGCGUAAGGACCUUGAGACCCACCUUAGAGUUUUUAACAGCAUUUUCAGUAAUACAGAGGGACUUACUGGCCCUGAGAUAUCUGUAGAUUUGAAUAAACUGUCAGCUUUGAUGAAGAGAAAGGAAGCAAAACAGCAAAACAGGAAACAAAGGAAGAGAGCAGAUAAAGCUGUUCAGACGGGAGAACGAGUGAAUUACCGCUUCAAAAGAGAUGCAUCACUGGAGUCUGCAGUGCUUCGUCAGCUCCCAGACAGUCCAAUUAUGUUCCUGGCCAGCACUACAGAAGGUGCUAACGGACCCGGUACAGUCCUUUUUGAAAGUGUGACCCUAAACCAUGAACAGUUAUACUCAAUAAAAACGGGCAUAUUUCGUGCUCCUACUUCUGGUGCUUACCUCUUUGUGGUAACACUGGACUUUGGACCAGGCCCAUGUCUGGCUCAAUUAAAGAGAGGUGGAGAGGUAGCAGCCUCCUUACGGCAGAACCAGAGGAAGUUGGGUGCACCUGCAACACGUGUCUGCAUCCUGCGGAUGGAGCAAGGAGAGGAACUCCGUCUAGAGCUGCUGCAGGGAACGAUAGAGAGCAACAACCCACAAGAUAACACGUUUGCUGGUCUACUAAUGCUGCAGACCACCUGAGAACAUGCAACUUACUUCAAGUGCAAAAGGACUGCAAGAUGGCAAACAUAUAUUAUUAUUUUAUUUUUUGCACUGCUCACCACUUCAAUUUCUCAUUCAGGAUCUGAGAGACUAAAAUAACAGCUAGCAAUUAUGAAACUUACCUUUGGUUUCAGUGUGACAACUACAAUAUUCCUUAUAAGCGGAAAAAUGGAUGUCAAGGUUUUUUACUUUUUCAGUUCAUACCAAACAAACAAAACAACCCACAGAAAAAAAAUUGUCCUAAAAUUAUAUUUGUUAAAGAUUACAUGGACAAAUAUUAUACAGUUCGAGGCUAAUCUUACACAGGGGCUGAAUAAAACAAAAAACAGGUUUCAGAAUUAUACAGGUUGUUUAAUAUAUUACAUAGCGAUGGGCUGGGUGAUACUAUGGGAGAGCACACUGAAAUAUCUACAGGCAUAUAUACAGUAAGGGGAAAAAACACAUCCUUUCAACAUACUUCAUAACUCAGAUUACAGUGAGGUGAUGCAUUCUCAGUUUUUGGAUGAAGUACAGAAGCCUUAGGGCAUGAAUGCAAAAUUCAGCAUUUGGGAAAAUAUAAGAUUCUUCUGGAAUAGCCGUGAUUCAAACUUUCUUUAAUGCAGUCAAAAGCUAACUUAAUGUUUUAAAAUCCCUUUUAGGCACAGAAAAGCAUUUGGUACUGAUGAUGAACAAUUUCACAGAUUUAAUUUUCAUACUUCUUGUAUAGUAAGAGCAAAAAAAUGUAUACAAAUGUAGAUUCAUAUACAGUAAAUCUAGUGUUUCUCUAGCGUACCGUACUGUAUGCUGAAGUUAUCCACUGAUAAAGUUUCCUUUAAUAGAUCUAUUAUUUAUUUUCAGAAUAUUUUAAAUCCUUUUGUAAGCAUGUCAGUAACCUUGACAUAUUGUGUUAAUCAAGAUGCCCUUUUGACAUUUCCGGGCAUACUGUUCAGAAAGUAUUGACAAAGCACCUUAGUCUGGCACAUAGUAUAUUCACACAUCCUGUCUUAAAGGGUCCAGAUAUGGGUGGAAAGAACGAUUGUGAAUUGUUCAGUUAAUAUUAAAAAUCUCAUUGGGCUUUUCAAUGGCACUGAGAAGAAUAAAAAGUAAAUAAAACACUGCAUUUUCUAAUGAAUAAAAAAAUGCAUGGAAGUUCUGUAAACAUGUUAUGCAACAUUGUGUGUUUUGGAUUAUACCAGUUACCAAGAGCGUAUUUUGGCAGCCCUUACUGAAAUAUAAAGCACUGAUGUCUAACAGAUGUUACAGUCGUACCCUUCACCCUCCUCAUAAACAUAAACACAGUUCAAACAAGAUUCAUAACAUUGGCAAGGACAUACGGUCAGAAUAUCACCAAAUCCUCGAAAGUCACAAAGUAAUUCGUACCAAAAAACCUGCACCCAGAAUCUCUAAAUAAAGUGAACUCAGGAAUGUAUCAACCUAUCCCCAACAAACACUUCACUGAGUCUGGCAACUUUGAAGGGCUGUUCAUACUGACCGCAGUGAAGUAAGAAAUCGCUGCUGCACUUAAACUGUCAGUAUGAAGAGUUUUCUUUCCUAAUUAAAAUGAGAUGUAUCUGUAGCUGGUUCACUUUAUGAAACUAUACGGUCGAAGCCUGCACACUGGGAAUGUUUUCUAUUUUGAGGAUGUUAAAAAUAGCAUGCUUUAAAAACGCAAACAAUAUAUACAGUUUAAGCAAUAACCAUUUUGACAAAUUAAACUGCAUCUACUGAAAACGCAACAUGCAUCUCUGUACCUUUAACCUUUUGUGGCAGAUGAGAGAAGAACUUUUGUGUAUUUAAAUUAUGAUUCUUAAAUGCCACACAUCAGAUAGUCUACAACAACUGGACGAGAUUAUAUUGAUAGCAUAUUGUUUUGCUCUGUUGUCAAUUAAUCUAUUACUAUAAUAUAUUACACAUCAUACAUUAAAUCACAGUAUGCUUUACACAGAUUCCAUGAGAAGUCAACAGCAUUUCAUCCAUAUGGCAGGAAGUCUAAAGAAACAUAUGCAGAAUAACUUGAGUGUAUUUUAAGGCAGUGGGGUCUGUCAUUCUUUCCCACUCUACUGUUUCAGUCUGUUGCAGUAAUCCUCUCAUCCAAGUUUGCAAUGACAGAGCUUUCACAGAAAGCAGCAAAGGCACCAUUGUCUGGUCCAGCAGAGAAAGAGAGCUUGCUAUAUUUCAUAGUUAGCUGUGUUACCAUCACCGACUCUACUCCUACUCUGUGAAAGGUACAAUGAUGUCAAAGACUAAAUAAAAACCACUCAGAUUUUAA